AUUACCUUCAUUGAAAGAGGUUAUGUCACUUUUAUUUUAUUAUCUCAAAACGAAAAAUUUUUCAGUGAAAGAAAGCAUAUCAACCACUGUCGACAAAGUUUUCGAAAUUUGGUGUGUGGCACAAAUCCCGACAAGAGAGAAAAGAUCUGCUUUUUUAAAACUAACCUCAAAUCACAAUCGAUGGAGGAAUUUACAAAAAAACUGUAAGAGGAAAAAGUCAAAAUCUCAAAAAAAAAAUGAAUCCCUUUUUCGGGACGAAUUAAAUAAACUAUUUGAUAUAGCUCAUGCUGAUGUGCUAAAUUUACUGGAUAAAGAAAAAAGAUUAUUUUAUUUGGGACAAAAAUCUUCCAGUCGACGUGGUUUUAUUUCAUAUAAUUCUCAACCAAUUCCAGAAGAUGUUGAAGAUAUGGAUGUUGAUGUAAGCGAUGAAAAUAAUAACUACAGUAAUAGUGAUAACAAUAAUGAAGAGAACAUUGAUAUCAAUUAUAAUAACAAUAAUGAUAGUGGUACAUUUGAUGUCGGAGAGUUCGGUAAUGACAAUGUUGACUAUUCUUGUACAGUUGAGACUGAUAAUGUUGUUAAUCAUGAAAUAUCAAGUCAAACAUCUAAGUUAUCCCAGAAAUCUUUGGAAAGUAAUACUUCUCGUAUAAUCUCUGAUUAUAAAGAUGAAAUUCCAAAACAACAAAUUCCUAAAAUUGAUCUAAUGACACCAGAACUUGCUGCGGCUUUGGAUAGAGCUAAUGUGAGUAGUAGGUCAGCGACUUACAUUUUUGCUGCUUUAUUAUCUAGCCUAAAUAUUGAUUGUGCAAGCGUAAACUUCAGUCAUUUGACUAUUCACCGAGCACGGGAAAAAUUUCGCAAAGAAGCGACGUUAAAUCUGAAAACUAAUUUGGAAACUGAUAAUUAUGUGCUACAUUUUGAUGAAAAACUGUUGUCAGAUAUUACAGGUAUAGAACAAGUUGACCGGCUUCCUAUUAUUUUAUCAUCAUCAGGUAAAUUUCAACUGUUAGGAGUCCCCAAACUAGAAUCUGGAACUGGACAAAAUCAAGCUUCAGCUAUUAUUACAACAGUAAAACAAUGGAAUAUUAAUACUGAUAUCAAAGCAUUGUGUUCUGAUACUACAGCGUCAAAUACGGGAAUCAGAAAUGGUGCGUGUGUAUUAGUAGAAAAGGCUCUGAAUCGACAACUGUUAUACUUGCCAUGUCGACACCAUAUUUUUGAAAUUGUUCUUCGAAGUGCAUUUGAAAUAUACUGGCCUGCUUCAUCUGGCCCAAACGUUCCAAUUUAUCAGAGAUUUAAAAAGAAGUGAGAUGAAAUUGAUCAAUCAAACUUUACGGCUGGUAUUUAUGACCAAGAAAUUUUGGAAGUUAUAACACCAAUCAAAGAUGAAAUUUUGAAAUUCGUUAAUAAUCAAAUAGAAAUGGAUCAUUGUCAUGACGAUUACCGUGAACUCCUGCAAUUAUCAUCGAUAUUUUUGAGUGCUACUACCACAAAUAUUACAUUUAAG